GGGCGGGAUUUGGGCCGGUCCGCAUGGCUGGCUCUGGCCCCGGAUGAGGAAGUGUGGUCGGGGAGGACCAUAGAGACCGUGAAGCGGUAGCGGCCGGAGCGUCCUCGGGCCUCAGCUCGGGAGGAUCUGGCGGCGUUGGCUGAGGCGGGGGCGGCGGUAGCUGAGGCCGUGCUGGCUGGACGAGUGCGGGCUGCAGAGCAGGCCACAGGACGUUUCUACCUUGGGUACUUUUUCUCUGAAUUGUCAUGAAGGCUGAAGGGAAGUUUUGUGUAAAUGCUUGGUGCACAGUCAAGCUGUGAUCAGUUUGAUUUGUUAAGAAAGAAACGCAACGCCUUGCACAGAGAAGCAGAUGUUUACAUGCUUGUGCCUGCCACCAUUGCUAUGUUGGAUCCAUUUCUUUGCACUGAAGAGGAAGACUUCCUGUACAUUAAAAUGAAGAGACACUUCCUCUCCUCUUAGAUCCUGCUGUACACUCUACUCCCAAAAUUAACAGAAAGCCUCACUUAAAAUGGGGAAAAAAUAGUUUUUGGAAACAGGGUGAACCAUUGAUGUAAAAGACUUUGGCUCCAUAAAUCUACAUCUGUCCUAAUGCUGUCAUCCGGAGUAGAGACUCAGCCAAUUCCACUUGAUUCCUCCAUGUCUGCUGUGGUACAGGAAUUAUACUCUGAACUCUCAGUAAGUGUCUCCAAAGAGCUUCAUGCUGACUGUGAGCUACGUGUGAUUCCAGAUGUAACACUUGGAGCCUCAAGCUCUCAUAUAAGUCAGAGUAGGACGUUGCCCUUGGAACUUCAGAGGAUUCAUACAGAGAGUUGCUGUGAAGAAACCUCUGAGGCCUUGGAUCAUGGGGGCAAGACGGGGUGGUAUGAGCUAGUGGACGCCACAGCAGGAGGUCCUAUGGCUUUUGAGAUCUUGGAUAGGGAAGAGAGAACCAAGAGCAUGGAGUUAAAGGUCGUCAGAGAUGAAGGGGACCAGGCGGAAGUUAUCAGAGACCCCUGUGAGGGAGCAAAGGAAGACCUAUGCCAGCUUGCCACAGCUACUAAAGAAAAUAUCAGCCCAAGUCAGGAAGAUCUCCUGAUGCAAUCCAGCAAAGAACUUCUAUGUGCAGACCUCCCUGAAGACUUUCAAAGGAGCAAAGGAAAUGUACAGAAUACAGAUGAAACUCUGCCAAAACCCACUGAAGAUGUACAAGGUAUGAAGGUCAAUGGGACUGAGAUGGAUAAUAAUGAAGGCCACAAGGAUGGCGCAGUGAGUAAAUGUCUCUCAGCUGGGUGCGCUGAACACCCAGAAGUAGAUAAAACCAUGACCAGUGGUGAACUUUCAGAAACCAGAACUUUAAUGUCCCUAGAACCUUUAACCUUUGUGGACCCUGGAUUAACUAAAGCAACUCCUAAAGAGAAGGAAUAUGGAGAAUUACAGACUUGUCCCUCUUGGUUGUCAUUACCAGGGAACUGUGCCAUUUCCAAAGUGGACAAAGGGAAGGAAGAGUUAUGUGACUUAAACCUUGUCUUUGAAGCAGAUGACAAUCACCAAGAGAUUCUUGGCCACCAUAAGGAAAAACACAGUUCUGUACAUGAUAGUUCCAUAGCUACAGGGCAUGUGGAUGCUAGAAAACCCUCAGAAGAAAACUCUGAAAUUUUGCAUUUCACAUCACAUUUGUCUGGCCCAGAAUCCAGAACAAAAUCCUUAGAAAAAUGUGGUUUUGAAAGCAAUGGUUUGAUAAAGGACUCUGUUGAAAAGGCAUACAAGGUUUAUCUAAGCAAGAACACGGCUUGUGGAGAAGAAAGUAAAGAAAAGUGUUUGAGUCCCAGGAGUGAAAGAGGGGAUCGCUUCCUUUUUAGUGUCAGGCAACAAAAAGAGGACACCAGAGGUGGUUAUGAUGAAAAAGAGACUGCUGAUUCCACAAGAAGUAAGUGCUGUGUCCACACUAGUUCCUGUACAGCAGAAAAUUCUUCUGUGCCCAGUUCUUUUACUGAAGCCACAGAAUUAAUGCUUAAAAAAAGUUAUCUGAAAAUCACUUUAGACAUUCAAGGUAAUUUGACAAACUCUGAGGACCAUAGAAAAACCAUUACUAGUGUGACCCAUCCUGGCAGACACUCUGAAGAAAGCAAUUUUUCCUUGGUGCAGCCAGAACAGACAACCACAGUAAAGCCCUGUGUGUUCAACAAACAGAUUUACAGCAAAGACUCUGAGUCCUUAGUCAGUGUCCACAGAAAUCUGGGUGGCUCUCAGCCAAAUGAAGCAUCUUGCAGUGAUUUUCUUUCUGAAGGAAAACCCCUUGUGAGUUUAAUGCCAGGAGAUGCAGUAAGUUCUGUAUGUAAUGAGGUAUCAAAACCCAAGAAAGAUACUGUUCAGUUGCUACCAUCUCCAGAAUUUGAUUGUGGACUUAAAUCAGAAAAAGAUAUACAGACCUUACAUGGCAACAUUUCACAUUUAGAUGAACAGAUAAUUGCCUGUGAGAUGAGUGAACUUCCUUGUAACAGUGAACUUGUACACAAAAUAGAAAAUGAAUGUGUUUUAAAUCGACAAGUGUCCCUUAAUUCUCAAGACCCUUUGACAUUGCCUACUGACCCUAUAUUAAAUAUAAACAGAGAGAUGCCUUUAGCAGCGUGCAAAGAUGCUCAACAGAGUCAUCAUCAUUUAGAUAAUGGAGCAGAUGUUAUCACUGAUACCCAGACCAUUCCUGAGACAAAAACAGAAGCCAUCUCUCCACAAGGUGACAAAACCUGUGGUGCCUCUUCAAACAUACACACCUUAAACAUGAAAACAAGAAGCCUACAAGGACAAAAAGAAACCUCUGAUUCAGGAACAGAAGAUCUACAUUCCACGGUCCUUUCAAGUGUCAAAGAAACAGCUGGCCUUCCUCAAGCAGUCUUUGUCACAGAAUGCCAAAAUGUUCUAUCUCAGGAUAUCGCUAGCUGGCAUUGUGUAACAAGAAAUCUGAAAAAGAGUAUGUGUUCUGCUUGUGCUGCUUUUGAGCCCAGAAAAAUUACCCUGAAGAACAAGAACUGUAAAAUGAUACAGUGUGAAAAUGCAUUUCAGCAUAGUAAUCAUCACUCCCAAGGACCAGAAGCCUCAGUGAAAAACAGGAGCUUUUUAGAGGAGAGCGAACAUGUUGGGAGAGGAACCCAAAGCAGAUUUCUGGGAGACCAGGUCAGAAAUGAAAUGGCAGCAUGUGUCUCAGAGAGUGGACCCUUGAACUUAGCCACUCACACUGCCCAUCACAUGGAAACCAGCCAGGAAGGUCUGAGUGAAGAGAAACGGAAUAUACACAAAGAAACUGUGUUUUGUAAAUACAGCAUCUCUGCUUGUGCUGCACAAGAACGAAAUCAAUCUACAAACAUUCCAAUUCCUGAAUCAUUACUGAACCAGUCUCUGACUCUUAUGUUAUCUCCUUGUAAGAACACGAACCAAGCAGUUGAAAGUCUUGACCAGAAAGCAGAUGAAGUCCUUGACCAUCAGGGUAACCAAAACAGAUCAGACAAAUGCAAAAGUGAAGGUCACCCAGGUGGGGAAGUACUAAGUGGUAACCACAGAGAGACUAUCACAGAGUCCAACAGAGAGGUAGGCCACCACCAAACGGAUCUAUUAGUCAGUUCAGACAGUAAUAAACCUCUGUCUUGUGGCAUUUUAAAGAAAGGAGAUCCCAGAGGAACCUUUGAAAAUAUUCCCUCUUCUGAAGAGUUUACCCGUGGUAUGCUAGAUGUGGUCUAUACAGACUGUGCAGAUAGGCCUACAGAAGGUAUGCCGGCCCUGAAAUCGUCUUCUGCAUUUAGUCAUACAAGGCUUGAUAGACUGUCAUUCCAUGUAACCUUGAAGAAGACCUCAUCUCAGCAACAAGAACUGAAUGCUACAUUUACAGGAACAACUGACCAGGAUUCAGAACUCCCAAAUGUUGCUGUUUCUGCAGUAGAAUCUCUUGAAGUGAAAAAAUCAUGUGAAGAAAAAAUAUGCAGAUCUUUAAAAAAUUGUGAGGUCCAAGAGUGCCCAGAUUCUGCCAUUGCCCAUGAGGUAGAAUCUGUUGCAGAUCAUGAACCAAAUAUGAGAAAACUAGAUAGAGGAAGCAUGUCUUUAAACUCUAUUUAUUAUGAUCAUCAAGGCAAAGGAAGAUCUCUAAGAGAAGCCCCAGGGAUGACUGAAGGAUCAAGGCUAGAAUCAAAUUCUGAGUUUGGCAAGGAAAAAGCCGUUGGAUUAUCCUCAAAAGACUUGAAGUCCUGUAGGUGCCAAGAAGAGGACUCUCUUUCCCCACAGAGCUUGGACUCCAUCAAGAUAAAGCAUUUCCAUAUGUCUGCUCAAGAAAAUUUAGCACCUAAUGUUGAUAGUAAAGAAUUUGACCUGAAACAUCUUUUUAAACCAAAAGAUGGUAAAAUGCUUUGUGAAAACAUGAAGCACUGCACAGUCCUGUCUGAAGUGAAGGAAGGAGUAGCAAGGAAUAUAGGUAAUUCUAAUGAAGGAGAAAGAACCUGUGUCCAUGUGGGCAGGAGUGUUUGCAAAGCUGGUCACUCUUGUGAGAAUUCCACUGAUAGGCAUCAGACUUUGACAGCAGAAACAGCAAUUAAAGUGGAUAGAGAAGAAACUGAAGAGCAUCAGAAGGGACCUCUGGGUCACUUACUUGUUGGGGAAGAAUCUGAGAACAUUACCAGAAAUGGUCAUGAUUUUAACAAGAGUUCUCAGACCCACUUGAAAUGCCAGAGAAUACAUGAUGUUGCUAAAAAACAAAGCCAGGGGGUUUCAGAUUAUGUGUUGUCACAUACACAUCAAAAAUGUACCCAUACACCAUUGGAACAACACACAUUGUCUGAUAUGUUCUCAGGUGAGGGGCAAAAUAAAAAACAACCUAUGGCUGACCAGGGUGAGUCCACCAAAGACAAAAUUGUAAGACGGCUUCCGAGGUUGGAAGACCCAAAAGAGGAAAGCUUGGGUCAUCCAUCAGAAAAAGGUAGUCCUUGCCUUCCUAGUGUUUGCUGGAAAGAGCAAAACCCCAACUCUGCUGGGUGUGACCAAAUACAUGCUGCCUUCAUGACUGCUUCCCACCAGAAAAUAGUAUUUCCCUUAAAGAAGCAGCCCCACCGAACAUGUAAGAGAGCUUCCUGUCAGGAGGAGCCUGUCAGUGUGGGGAGAAAAGUAAGUAAAGUCCAAAGUUCUGCCUUUGGAAAGACUUCCUCUAAUCCCAUCCCCACAAAAGUACACAGACUUCUCAGCUCAUGUGCUGAGCCUGCACCCACCCCAUUGGAACCUGAAGCAGAACCUGUCAAGAGCUUGCUUAGCCACAUACCAAAGCAGAGGGCUACUCUGUGCCAUCCCUUGAAGGGCCUGAGUUCUAGAAAGCCUACCAAAGAAUCUGCCUUACUAAACAAGCUGUCCAUCCUUGCCUCCAAACUAAUGCCAGCCACAAAGACCGAGAAACUCAGAUAUUGGCGGUGUUCCUCUGCUCUUGUUCCAGCGACUAAAAGCUACAAGCACCUCAGAUACAAAAGGUUCCUAGAUGGAUUUUCAUGUAAUGCAGUGCAUCUGGAUCUGUAUUUGGCAGCUAGUGGAUGGGAUAGGAGGCCUAAUAGUAAGCCCUUGGCACUUUAUUCUCUUGAAGCUGUCCAAAUGAACUUCAUAGAUUUGAGUAACAAGAUGCCAUCACUACUGUUUGGGUCCAACAUCUUCCCAUUUUCCUUUCAUGUGAAAUCAGCCUCCAGUUGCAUGACCGAGUCCUCCAGGACUUUCCCUGAGCACUGUGCCCCAGCGAGGCUUGCCUUAGAAGAGGCCUCCCAGUGCCCAUCUCAACCUCCGAAGUGGACCUUUUCUUUUUUCUUGUCUCAUGGUUGCCCUGGGAUGGCCACAUUCAGGGAAGACACUGGCCUCCAUAGUCAGGCACACACUCAGGCUCCUCCACAGACUACAGCUCCUCUUCAAGACUAUGGAGGCACUGCCAUAGUCCAGACCAGAGCAGACUGCUCUGUCCUUGGCCUUCAUACACUUCUAGCACUUUGUUCACCAGGAUGUUACCGAAUCUGGACAAAAAAACGGAGCUCCUCUAAUCCCAUGCCUACCAUACAGAGGCUCUUCUUGACCCAGUUUACACAGGGCUUGAAAGGGUUAAGGUCUCCAGCCUCCAUAGCAGACAAGGUCUUCUGUUCUCUGCCCUACUCUGUGGGCAGAGUACUGUCGAUUUGGAGCCAGCAUGGGCCUUCCUCCUGCUCCCUGGAAUUACCGGCUCUUCAUUCCACUCACAGCAAACAGCAGCCAGGUCUGGGUACCACAAGCAGCCCUACCAUGUUACCAAACGUGCCUCUUCCAGGCGUGGAAGCUAUAUAUAACACCAGCAGUAGUCAAGUGAGAUCCAGGCUAUGUCUAGAAGUAACUAGAAAACAGGUUGACUGGAGGUGUCAUUCCUGGAAAGAAGAAACAUCAUCCAUUCUAGUCUGUAUGUUAAAAAGGCUAGAGCCUGCAUUCCCUGCUUUGGUACCAAAGUCUUGCUUGGUAACAGAACCUGCUGUCAACAAACUCCUGCUUUCGGCCUCUGAGUUUCAAGUUCCUGGGUUUGAUGAGCUGGAUGGUAUGACAGCAGCAUGCCCCCGACCACAGAGCAUCCCUGCAGAACAGAAAGAGGCUGAGCCAGAGAAGAGACCAAAGAAAGUCUCACAGAUCCGUAUCCGGAAAACCAUUCCUAAGCAAGAUCCUAACCUUACCCCAAUGGGCCUGCCUCGACCCAAAAGAUUAAAGAAGAAGGAGUUUAGUUUAGAAGAAAUAUACACAAACAAGAAUUACAAGUCUCCUCCUGCCAACAGGUGUUUAGAGACUAUCUUUGAGGAACCCAAAGAACGCAAUGGUACACUGAUCUCAGUCAGCCAGCAGAAAAGGAAGCGAGUUCUAGAAUUUCAGGAUUUCACGGUUCCUCGAAAGAGAAGAGCUCGAGGUAAAGUGAAGCUGGCAGGAAGCUUCACUAGGGCCCAGAAGGCAGCUCUUCAGGCUCGAGAGCUGGAUGCUCUUCUGAUACAGAAGCUGAUGGAACUGGAGACUUUCUUUGCCAAGGAAGAGGAGCAAGAGCAGUCAGCAAGCUGUUGAGAAGUAAUUUGGGAUCUUCCUUUUGAAUCUUUUUCAGACCUCACUGGAAGAGGUUCCCUUAUUUUGCCCUCUGCCCAAACCAUUCAUGAUGCCCAGUUCGUGAAUUUUUACCAUUUCAGGUACAGUCUUUUUAGAAACUAGUAAAGUAGGGUCCUCUAAUUCUACUGCUGAGUAUAGACACUCAGGAAUGCACCCUUUCUCCUGGGAAUGGUCCCGAAUGACAUCUGGCCACCUCCUUCCAGUCCCAGCCGUCCACAGGAGGAAGAAGGAAGUCACGCAUCUUAAGCAACACUAGGAUUCCAAGGACUCAUUAUUUGCAUGUCCACAUGAAAGUUGCGCUUUGUUUAUGGUGGUGCUAGACCAAGAUUACUUAGAAACUGGCCUGUGGAGGGGGGCCUGGCCUCUUGUCCUGUGUGAUUUUGUUUCAGUAAUUGAGAAAAGAUGUGUUCUGAUCCUUUAAUGCUGUCUGCCCAGGGAGAGAGAGAGAGAGAGAGAGAGAGAGAGAGAGGCUUUUUCGUAUCUUUUUCUCCCAUCUGUGACUGUGGGUCACUAGUGCCAGAGGAGCCUGUCCAGGCCCCAAUGUAAGUUGCACUUUUUAAUGUUGUGGUGUUGAUUAUUUUCAUAUUUUCUUUUUUGUUUUGUAUUAUUGCUGCAUGUUUGGGGCCUUUAAAUGUGAUUUUAAAACAUUUUUUAAGACAUUAAGGAGAAAGACAUGUCUUAAGACAUGACAGGCAUUUGACCCAGUUGAUCAGCGUGUGGAGGGAAAUAUCCCUAUUCAUGUGUUUCAGGUAGUCCCUCCUCAUCUCCAACUUCUCAAGUAGCUCAUUAGCGGAAGCUCCAUUUUCAUCUGCCUUCUAAAUCCUACCCACUAAGUAUAUGUGUUUGUUCGGUGACAGAUUUCUCUUACAGUCAUUUUAAAAAAUAAUUAAGGUUGAAUGUGAUUUUCUUUGAAAUGUUGGCAUGUGACAACGUUGGGAACAGUGAUGAUAGACACUGGCCCAGAGCAUUUGCAGCUGCUUGAGUGGCCUGCUCCUACAGUGGGACACUUUUCCUGCAUGACCCCGAAAUUCCACAGCCAGCCCUCUCUUGAGAUUGCCUCACGUACUCUGGUCCUGUCAAACCUAUUGGAAAUGUUUGCUGAAUGCCAGAAGUAGUGCAGUUUCUAGGUUUGUGCCUGCAGGAAUCUGCAGGCAGCAAGAUGCGGUGUCUGGGCAGCAGGCCCACAGGACUCAUUUCUUUCCCACCGUAUGCCCUUGCCACACCUGCCUUCUUGUGGUUUCUCUUUCAGACAUCUCCCUCUUUCCCUCUCUCCCUAGUUCUUUCCCACCCCCUUCAAAAAGAAUUCAGAGAGUCAGUUAGCAUUCCUUGGCUGAUGAGUGAGAGGCUCAGCCUUAGGACACUAGUCACUUCUUCCCAUCCUUAGAAGCAGCUACCAGUGGAACAUCAACCUCCAGGGUUGUUUCUCAGUCUGUCUGUAGAGAAGAGCAAGUGUACUGUCCUGGAAUGUUGGCCAACUCUCCUAUGAUUCUUUCAUUCCCCAUUCGCUAGUGGAUGGAGAGAUGGGGUGUGGGUUGGAGGUCUCCAUGUGCCUUUGCUUUGUAGGUUGACAGGCUGUGCCAUGCUGGAGCAGAAAAGCUGACAUGAGCAGGGAAAACAGUGCCAUGUCCACCUUCAGGCUCACUGCCUGAGAUAUGUAAAUGGUGGAGCGCACACCUGGUCAUCUGUGGCAACUUCAGAGAUCAUGGCCUGAUAGGAGUUGAAGAGGGUCAUUGUGCCCACUUGUUCUGAAUGAGGCAAUCAGGUUUUCCUGUUGUGCCUGUAUUGCCCAGACCACACAGUUUUGACUGUGCUUCAUUCACCUCAAUACCUCUCCCUUCUGGGGGCAGGACUCUUAGACACUGAGUACUUCUCUCUCCUUUCACUGCAGAGAAUAUGAGAUGAGUGAUACACUGUGUCUGUAUGCAAAUGUCUAGUGAACCCCCACUGGAGAGCCUGCAGGCUAACAGGAAGUAGACAGAGCCAUUUACCAGUUUCACUGCCAGAGUACCUGGGGCAGCCAGAUCACCCAGUAGACAAAAGUUGAGGUGGACACAGCUGUGGCACCACCACAGACUUUCAGGUUUGCUUAUUGCAAGUGCUUGAAAGGCUGGGAAGUGAUGAAAACCACUGGCAUCUUGGAACAGAGGACUGGAGACCCAGCUCCAUCCUUUUCCUGGGAAUGUAGGAGAGAAGCUAUUCUGAGGCCAACCGCACUUGUCUUGAAAUUCUUGGCCAAGUUGUUCUCAUUGCAGACUUACCGGAAGUUCAUCCAUCUGGUUCUAGCCAGGCUCAGCCUCCUGUCUUAAUACCUAGUUUCAUGCCCGCCUUGGGGCCAUCCUUGUUCUGGGAGAUGUUGGCGGCUGGCAUGCCAUGCUACAGGGGGUGUUUUCUGUCACAGGAGUUGAUACAGUUUUUGAGGAUGCGGACUUUGCACCCCACAUGAUAAGAAGUUCCCUUUAGGUACAGCUUGUUAACUAUAGUUCACCUCCAAGGUUUACUGUUCCAGUGAUUAUGGGAAAGAGAAGAGAAAUCUCAGGUCCAGUCAGGGUUCAACCCGUCUCCUUUUCUGUUUUGGUAGUUUCUAGCUAUACCACCCUUCUUCCCUCCCUUUGGCUCAUCUUUCCUAUUUUUUCUCUUACUCUCCAGUCUUUUUUUCGCCAUUCAUUUGUAUGUACCUCAUCACUUGUUAUAGCAGAUUGUAUCUACCUUUUCCUGCUGUCCCUACUCUUUAAGAGCGAACUGAGAGGGAGGUGCAGUGAAAAGGUACGUAGGUUUGCCUUACCUGGAGCCUGAAGAGCUCAGAAACUCAUGCUGUGAAUCCUAAAACUGUGCUCCUCCAAGAGCUGUGAAAAUCCUGACCUUUUUUCACAAUUUUGCCUGCAAAGGUCUUGAGCGAGAGCUCCAGAGCCAACCUAAGGUCAAUUCAGAUCCCACUCUGAAUGCCCUUCCCCUGGGGCUUGUUCUGCUGCUCACCAGGCUUAGAGCAGCAGUAGUCUUCAGGAUGUGGCAGCUGGUCCAGGGCUGCAUGCAACUGAGUGGACUCGGCCCUGCCUCCGUCUCCAUGCUGGGGCUCUGUCUCCCCUGUACCAUGUGCAUUAAGAUCUGUGGAAGACCAACUUUCAGGCAGCAAUGCUUUUCUCCCAGUCCCUGGGGAGAGGGGAGUAUGCAGUUGGUGCUUUCUUUAAUGCCCUUGUUUUGUUUCUGUAGCUUUUCCCCUGGUAUCAUGGAAAGGACCUUUUAAAUGACCACGUUGUGGGUGGCUAUAUCCAAAGCGUAAAUAUUUGGCCAGAGGUGUGGUGUCCUCACCCAGAUUCAUAUCAGGAGAGGAGGGCUCCUUGUCUGAACUGAACUUCUCUAUUGAACUAGCUAGCAAGAGAGAAUAAAUUUUCCUAAAAUCACAACUUACUAUUUUAGGAAAAAAAUUUCCUAAUCAUAGUCCCAUCUAACCAGAUGUUGAGCAGCAAAAGUUACCAUGAUUAUGAAGUGGGAGUGCUCAUAGCCUGCCAUCCAGCACAGCAUGCUUACACUGAUGCGUGUUCUGCCUUUGCAAGCCUCCAUCUGGUGCUGGAUUGGAUUUGAAUUGUUAGCAAGAGGACUCUGCAUCUCCUUGAGCUGGGGUCUGGGCCAGUAAAUAGCUAUCUCAAGUGUCUCUAUAUUAUCAUGGUUAAGAGUUCAGUAAAUUUGUACAUCUUUGGUGACGCUGGUAUACGUGACGCCCCUACAGUUCCUCUUCUGUUUGGUAGUUUGUGACUCUAAAUGCCCACUGUUAAGUGUAUUAAUUUAUGAAAAUAAAUUUUUUUUGAAAACCUUU